AUGAAGAAUAAAUACACUCCUGUUUCAGACUCUGACGAGUCUUUCAAAACACUCAUUGAUGAAAAGGCAGACAUCCAUUCUUCAGAUGGUACGCCUCCUCCUUAUUCAGCUCCGAACAAAUUUAUUGAUUUAGAAAUGGCUGAUGGAUCUGCUCAGCAUUCUGCCCAAGAGUCCACUAACAUUACUGGGUCGGAUUCGACAUAUUCGAAGUGGAUUAUUAUCAUAUAUCUCUUAUUUUUUGCGUCUCUUGGGUACAUUGGGGCUUAUGGUAUUCUUCUCGUAAUGUUCUUUUAUUUCAAGGUUCCUGUGAGGGCGCAAGACCUUUGGGGACUUUUUGGCGGAUUUAUUGGAGCGAUAUCAUUAUUUCUCUAUUUGGCGCAUAUGCUCUACCCGGGGUGGUACAAGCAAGCUGGUAGAGUGCUGUCCAACAUGUGUGCCGCAGCAUUAUAUGUGUGUUUUCUCAAUGUCCCCGGUUUCUCCAUGUAUUAUACUGCAAAGAAGAUAAUGCAAUUUGAAAAGAUAAAUAAUCGUUUUUCUACGUUGUUUGUUUUGUUGAUUUUGUCUUUGAAUCCAAUUGCCCGUGAACGACUUAGAUUAUUAGUCAUUGAUAUAGGUAACGGCGCAAUUGGCAUAGGAAACGGCGCAAAUGCCAUAGGAAACGGCAUAGGAAUUUCUGUGAAUCGUGUUUUUGGAAGAAAUCAAGGAGAUGAAGUACCUCAGAACGAAGAAAUCGAACUUCAACCUCUUGCUGAGCAAAGUGGUGAAGUUUGA